CCAUCAAGUACUUAUGGUUGGUAGAACAAGAAGAGCACAACUGCACAAGUUGAAACUCGAGGAAAGAAUAAGAUGGCUGCUUCUCGUUCGCCUAUGCUUUGUGGCAUUCUUCCUAUCUUACCUCUCCCUCGAACCUGCUUAAAAUACCGGCACAUUUCCACUAUUCACUCUCAAUUUCUUUCCUUCAAUUCUUCUUUCAGUCUCACCACCAAAAUUCUACUGCCAAAUCUCCGAAUUAGCGGACUAAGAAAGCGGAAUUCUCAUGCACCCCUCAUUUUUGCUGCUCAAUCCAAUUUCUUUCGAGUUAUUCAGACAGCUCUCAAAAUCGGCAAAGAUGGAGUUGAGGCAGGAACCAACCUUGUGCCAGAAUCUGUUCCAAGACCGGUUGCAAGGCUGUCUGUAGGUGUUCUUGCUUCAGCUGUUACUCUUUUCGUGCUUCGGUCAUUCUUGUCUACAGCUUUCUUCACGCUGGGUUUCAUGGGCUUCGUAUAUUUCAUUUAUCUUGCCCUAAACAAGGACAAAGGACCUAAAUUGGAUGACAAGCCUGGUUCAACAGAUGAUGCUAUAGAAGAAGCUAGAAAGAUUAUGGAUAAAUACAAAUAGGCUGUAAGCAAGACAUUAUACCCUGUGUAUUCUGGUUUUUGUCUAAGCGUAAAUAUGUAGUAUGUGUAAUGUUGCAAUUGUUCCAGAAAUUGAAUUUACAACCAAAAGGAUUCCAGGAAUCAUGAACGUGCUCGAGAGUUUCUUGAUAAA